AUGGCUGGAUCUUGUGAUCUAAAUUGGGAAGAUCCAAAGAUAACAACUUAUCCAGGAAAUCCACAUCCAUUAGGUGCACAUUAUGAUGGUCAUGGUAUUAAUUUUGCAUUAUAUUCUGAAUUUGCAACUAAAGUUUAUUUAUGUUUAUUUCGACCAAGUCAUCAUGAAAAUAAGGAAUUAGUUGAAUAUGUUCGAAUUAAAAUGAAAGAACAAACUCAUCAGAUUUGGCAUAUUUAUUUACCUGAUUUUGAACCAGGACAAAUCUAUGCUUAUCGUGUUGAUGGUCCAUUUGAACCACAAAAUGGUCAUCGUUUUAAUGUGAAUAAACUUUUAAUUGAUCCAUAUGCACGAGCUAUUACUGGUACAUUAGAUUGGCAUGAUUCAUUAUUUAGUUAUAAUGUACAUGAUCCAUCACCUGAUAAAGACUUAACAUUUAAUACUGAAGAUAGUGCACCAUAUAUUCCAAAAUGUGUUGUUAUUGAUUCAAAUAAUUUCAAUUGGGGUGGUGAUGCUCCACCAAAUAUACCUUUUCAUGAAACAAUUAUCUACGAGGUACAUGUAAAAGGUUUUACAAAACUACAUCCAGAUAUUCCAGAAGAAAUACGUGGAACAUAUGCUGCCAUAGCUCAUCCAACAACAAUUGAAUAUCUUAAAAACCUUGGAAUAACCGCUAUUGAAUUAAUGCCAAUACAACAUUUUACAACAGAUCGUCAUUUGAAAGAUCGUGGCUUAACAAACUAUUGGGGAUAUCAUACUAUUGGAUUUUUUGCUCCAGAUAUUCGUUAUUCAUCUUCAGGAACACAUGGAGAACAAGUUCUAGAAUUUAAACGAAUGGUUAAAAAGUUACAUAAAGCUGGAAUUGAAGUUAUUCUUGAUGUUGCCUAUAAUCAUACUGGUGAAGGAAAUCAGUUUGGACCAACAUUAGCAUUUAAAGGAAUUGAUAAUAGAAGUUAUUACCGACUUACAGAAGAUGAUCAACGAUUUUAUUUUGAUUAUACUGGUACUGGAAAUACACUUAAUUGUCGAUUACCAAAUGUAUUAAGAUUAAUUAUGGAUAGUCUUAGAUAUUGGAUAUUAGAUAUGCAUGUUGAUGGUUUCAGAUUUGAUUUAGCAGCAACAUUAGCUCGUGAAUUACAUGCAGUUGAUCGUUUAAGUGCAUUUUUUGAUAUUAUUCAUCAAGAUCCCGUUAUUGGUCGUGCUAAAUUACUUGCUGAACCUUGGGAUUUAGGUGAAGGUGGUUAUCAAGUAGGUAAAUUUCCACCAGGUUGGGCUGAAUGGAAUGGAAAAUAUCGUGAUUGUGUAAGAGAUUAUUGGCGUGGUCAACCAAGUAUGCUCUCAGAAUUUGCUGAACGUUUUACUGGAAGUUCAGAUUUAUAUCGUGAAGAACGUCGAGGACCAACAGCUUCCAUUAAUUUUCUUACAGCACAUGAUGGUUUUACAUUGAAUGAUUUAGUAACAUAUAAUGACAAACAUAAUGAUCUAAAUGGUGAUAAUAAUGAGGAUGGUGAAGGUUAUAAUCGUUCAUGGAAUUGUGGUUUUGAAGGUCCAACAGAUGAUGAACAUAUAAAUAAACUUCGAGAUUGUCAAAAACGAAAUUUUCUGACAACUUUAUUUUUAUCACAAGGAAUUCCAAUGUUAGUUGCAGGUGAUGAACUAAGUCGAACUCAACAAGGUAAUAAUAAUGCUUAUUGCCAAGAUAAUGAACUAUCUUGGUUAAAUUGGCAAAAUGCUGAUAAAGUUCUAUUAGCAUUUACGCGGAAAUUAAUUGAUUUACGUCGUCGACAUCCUGUCUUUCGCCGUCGAACAUGGUUUCGUGGUCAACCCGUAAAACAUAGUGAAAUUGAAGAUAUAGCCUGGUUUAAAUUCGAUGGUCAAUAUAUGAAAGAAGAAGAUUGGCAACAUGAUCAUGCUAAAUCAUUUGGUGUAUUUAUAAAUGGUCGUGGAAUGAGUGCUCGUACAAAAUUAGGUGCACGAGUAACAGAUGAUAGUUUUUAUAUAAUAUUUAAUGCAUAUCAUGGAUUUAUUGAUUAUAAAUUACCAUCCGAAGAAUAUGCAAAAAGUUGGACAUUAAUAUUAGAUACAAGUAAAGAUGAAGUUAUUACUGAUGGUGACGAAGGAACAACAUAUUCACCAGGUGAUACAAUAACUGUACAUGAUAGUUCUAUUUUACUUUUACAUUAUGUUAUUCAGAAACAUGAACAUGCUAUAUAA